CUGGACUAACAGAGUGUCUGCCUACGUUGCUCUUCUCAUGGAGUAAUUUUUUUUUUUUUUUACCCUGGAAAAAGUUUUUCAACGAGGUGGGGAUUGUGGUUAAAAGCUGCCGUCACCUUUAUUUGCUCGGAACAUUUGGCGACCUGGCUCCAACCUUUGGGGCCCCCCUCUGCUACUGUGCAAAGUGAAGGUUGAUAUGCCACAUCAGUGAUGGAGCCCAUGACGGUGACGACGUCGGUGGUCGGGCCGGAUGAGUUUGACCGGAACGCCCCACGGAUCUGUGGCGUUUGCGGCGACAAGGCCACCGGCUUCCAUUUCAACGCCAUGACCUGCGAGGGCUGCAAGGGAUUCUUCAGGCGCAGUAUGAAGCGCAAAGCCACCUUCACUUGUCCCUUCAACGGAAGCUGCACCAUCACGAAGGACAACCGCCGCCACUGUCAGGCCUGUCGCCUCAAACGCUGCAUCGACAUCGGCAUGAUGAAAGAGUUCAUUCUCACAGAUGAGGAGGUACAGAGGAAGAAGGACAUGAUCUUGAAGCGGAAGGAGGAGGAGGCUGCCCGGGAGGCUCUGAGGCCACGACUGAAUGAGGAGCAGGCCCAGAUCAUCUCCUGUCUGGUGGAGGCGCACCAUAAGACCUACGAUGACUCCUACUCUGACUUCACCCGCUUCAGGCCUCCGGUGCGGGAAGGCCCAGUAACACGCAGUGCCAGCCGAGCCGCCUCCCUUCACUCUCUGUCAGAUGCCUCCUCCGACUCUUUCAACCACUCACCUGAGUCAGUGGACACCAAGCUGAACUUCAGUAACCUGUUGAUGAUGUACCAGGACGGCGCCGGCAGUCCAGACUCUAGUGAGGAGGACACCAAGCUCUCCAUGCUGCCCCACCUGGCCGACCUGGUCUCCUACAGCAUCCAGAAGGUCAUCGGCUUUGCCAAGAUGAUCCCAGGCUUCAGAGAGCUGACAGCAGAGGACCAGAUUGCCCUUUUGAAGUCCAGCGCCAUUGAGAUCAUCAUGCUGCGUUCAAACCAGUCAUUUAGCCUGGAGGACAUGUCCUGGAGCUGCGGAGGACCGGACUUCAAAUAUUGCAUCAACGAUGUGACCAAGGCGGGUCACACCCUGGAUCUGUUGGAGCCCCUGGUGAAAUUCCAGGUUGGUCUGAAGAAACUCAACCUGCAUGAGGAGGAACACGUGCUGCUUAUGGCCAUCUGCCUGCUCUCCCCAGAUCGCCCCGGCGUCCAGGACCACGCCCGGAUCGAGCAGCUUCAGGACCGCCUGUCGGAGGCGCUGCAGGCCUACAUUCGGGUCAACCACCCAGGCGGGCGCCUGCUCUAUGCCAAAAUGAUCCAGAAGCUGGCCGACCUGCGCAGCCUGAAUGAGGAGCACUCCAAGCAGUACCGCUCGCUCUCCUUCCAGCCCGAGCACAGCAUGCAGCUCACCCCACUGGUGCUGGAGGUGUUUGGCAGCGAGGUGUCAUAGCAGAGACGGAGGCAUCAAUCUACACAUGCACACACACUCAAAACACACACAAACACACACACAUACAUGACGACUAA